CGCCGGGGUUGCCGGCGCAUGCGCGUAGCGGCCUAGGCGGAGCGGUGCGAGCGCGCGUGGUCCGUGAGGCCGGCGUUUCGGACCCAACCCUGGCGCAGAGAUGCUGUGCCGGCUCAGCGUUAGGUGGCUGCGGCCCCGGCCUGCCCUGCAGGUCCGUGUCCUGGACCCAUUGCUCUCACGGGCCCCAGCGGGCGGCGCCAAGAGCUCUGCUCUGCCAGUGUGGGCGGUGGCAUCGGUCUCCGCAGUUGGCCCGAAAGGCGCGGGAGGCUGGUACGAGGCCUUGGCUACCUCGGCGCCGGUGCAGGGCGCAGAGGACGUGCUGCUCUUCGCCCACACCGCCUCGGGCCUGCCCUGGUGGGGCAGCAUUCUCCUCACCACCGUGGUCCUGCGCGGGGCCGUCACACUACCCCUGGCUGCCUACCAGCACUACAUCCUGGCCAAGGUGGAAAAUUUGCAGCCAGAAAUAAAAAACAUUGCACAACAUCUUAAUCAAGAAGUUGCAGUUUGUGCACAACAGUUGGGAUGGUCCAAGAGAGUUGCCAGGCUCACUUACCUAAAGACUAUGCGGAGGCUUGUUUCAGAGCUCUAUGUUCGGGAUAACUGCCACCCCUUCAAAGCAACUGUGCUGGUCUGGAUUCAGCUUCCAAUGUGGAUCUUCAUGUCUAUCGCUCUCCGAAAUUUUAGCACAGGGGCAACACAUUCAGAAGCAGGUUUUUCUGUUCAGGAGCAGUUAACUGCUGGCGGGGUCCUAUGGUUUCAUGACCUCACUGCUCUGGAUUCCACUUGGAUUCUGCCUGUCUCCGUUGGCGUCAUCAAUUUAUUAAUAGUGGAGAUUUUUGCCCUGCAAAAACUUGGAAAGUCUCGUUUUCAGACGUAUAUUACGCACUUUGUUCGUGCAGUCUCAGUGUUGAUGAUUCCAAUAGCGGCAACAGUACCUUCAUCAAUUGUCCUCUACUGGUUGUGCUCCAGCUUCAUGGGCCUUUCACAGAACUUGCUGCUCCGUUCUCCUAGGUUUCGCCAACUUUGCAGGAUCCCGUUGACCAAGUUAGAUUCAGACACUCCUUAUAAGGACCUCUUGGCUGCCUUUCACUCCAAGUUCAUUUCAAGAAAAUCACGUACUUUCUAGUAAUUUUUGAAACAAUUACAGGUUUCACUGUUAAUGUAUUUAGAAGAUUUAGAACUUCAGGUAUGAUUUAAUUUGCUUUUGUUUAAAAUCAUGAACUCUGUAAGUACUAUGGAUUAAGAUAUAAUCCAGAUAUAUAUAACAAUACUUAAAAUCUUUUCACUGCUAAACAUGUAGUAUAUUUAAUUGUAUGCUAAGACUAUAAAAGUGGAAUCAAAGUGUCAGGCCCUGUUUAUAAAAUUACAAUUUGCUAGAGAUUCCAGAACUUUGGAGAACAGGACUAGAAAAGUGUAUAAAAUAAGAGAAUCCAGUGAGGUGAUUUCUAAAAUUUGUAGGAUGUGGAGGAUUGUAGACCUGUUUGAUCUUUUAAUAAAGCCAUAGUUUUCUCUUCAGAAAAGUCCUUGAAAUACAAAUGGAGGCCUUUUUUGAGCCCCUCUCCCAACUCCUGAAGGCCUUCUGGUAAUUCCUGGUUAAUAAAUUAUUCUAAUGGAACAAGUUAAUGUAUGAUUUUAAAAUGAAAGGGACUUGAGAUACAUGCUGUGGAGUAAUCCACACGUGUAAGAAAGUACCUAACAUGGUAGGUGGUGUUGCUUUUCAGCUGUGCUCUGAAAGAAUAUAAAAAGUGUACAUUCCUUUCUCUCUAAGAAGUCUGCAAUACAGGGUAUAGCACUGAGUACUGCUGGAACCCAAAGUAGAAAAUCUUAAGCUAAUCAUAGAGAAUAUGAAGGAACUCAGUAUCUCUGAUAACCUGUUAAGUAAGAAAAAAUUCUGUAUUAGGGUCAAGAUAUUGCUAGUCGGGAGAUUUCUUUAGACUUAUUCAUCUUGAUGUGAUAAUACAUAACAUUGAUGGUCUGAGAAUAUCAUAUAUUACCUAAUUCAUAAUUUCAUAGCUUAAAAAAAGAGCAAAAUUUUAAAAGCUUGAAUGAUCAGGAUAGUAUUUAUCAAGUUUUAAUAAUUACUGAAUACAUGAAAAUACAUUAGUUUCAGUGUUACUAGAAAUUAAACAGUACGUGGAGAAUCAGCUUAUUCAGCCAGAAAGAUGCAUAUGAACAGCAUGUCUUCAUUCAUUAGAGAUGUAAUCAUUGAUCACAUGAUCAUGAAAUAGGAUUGUUCUGUAGAAUUCUGGAGAUGGAGUUGAGUCUUUUCUGUAAUCUCAGAGUACAGUAGACCCUUCUCUUUUGUGAUCCGAAAGCCACAACCACUAAGAGCUUUAAACUGUCAGCAGCUGGAAUCCCAACAAACAGCUGGAUCAAACUUCAUUAGCUGAGAACUUACAUAGCCAUGGGGAGGAAAUGAUUCCAUGAUUCCUGUACAUAAUAACUGGCCUGCCAUCAUUUGUGGAAUACAGUCUAAAAGUAAAAAGGACUAUUAAAAAUCUUUGAACUUUA